UCAGCUUCCGUUGCUACAGCUAGCUGGCUGGACACCGUGACCAUUCUCCUCUCAACAAACCAAACUUCCCUUUUUAAUCCCCUAAAAUGUUUUUAAACCGUUCCGGAGCCACAAAAGUCGACAAUAAACCAGAUAAAGAAGAAAAGACGAAGUUAGUGCAAGAAGUCCAGCAGCUUUGGGGUUUGUUGAAACAGCGGCUAACUGCUGCUAAUGUUUGAGUUACUAGAAGCAGGAAGCUCCCAGAGUGAAAAGAAGAAAUUCAUGUUUUAACAGAAGUCAAGAAUCGAGUCUAAGUGCUGGAUGCUGUUUACAAGCUUGAUGUUUGCCGCUCCGCAGCAGACAUGCAGGAGCCAUUUGUGAAUAAAGAUGGUCUCCCUGAGCAGCAGGUAUGGAAUCAGAAUCUGGACAAAAAGAACUUGGAUCCGCCAAACAUUAAAGAGGAACAGGAGGAGCUGUGGAAUGAGGAUGAAGAAAAACCACAGUCAUCACAACUUCAGCAAACCCAAAAAGCCAGCAACUCGGCUGAACCCAGAACACUGAAAAUAGAAGUUGAUGGAGAUGACUGUGGAGGAUCACAAGCAGCCAGCAACUCACAGCCACGCAGUCAUUUCCAACCACAUACUGAUGACAUGCGGCAGGUGUUGGUUAUUAAAGAAAAAAUUCUUCCACAACACCAGGAGUGUAAACUGACUGUUGACCAGAAGGGCAUUAAAGAGGAAGAACAACAACUCUGGAUAUGUCAGCAGGGACAGCAGCUUCACCCACUGGAGGAGGUUGAUAUUACUAAGUUCACUGCUGUCCCUGUAAAGAGUGAAUACAAUGAAAAACCACAGUCAUCACAGCUUCAUCAAAGUCAGCUUGAUGACAGCACAGAGCCUGAGCCAGUAGCCAGCAGCUCAUCUGUACUCAGAACACUGACAACACAAGCUGAUGGAGAGGAUUAUAGAGGACCACAACAAGCCAGCAACUCAUGUCCAUAUAGUCCUUCACAACAAGACCCCAAUGACAGGAAUACAGACAGCUCUGAAACUGAGACUGACAACAGUUGGGAAUGGAAACAGACCAGAGAACUUCAUUCAGGUUUCAACUGCCAAACAAAUACCAAUGUCGCAAAUCAACAUAUGGAAAUGCAAGAAAGUGAAAAACAAUUUGCCUGCUCUGAAUGUGGUAAAAGAUUUAGACUGAAGGGCAAUCUGAUCAAACACUUGAGAAUUCAUUCAGGAGAGAAACCGUUUGACUGUUCUGAAUGUGGUAAAAGGUUUGGUCAGAAGAGUAAUCUAAUGACACACAUGAGAAUUCAUACAGGAGUGAAGCAGUUUAUUUGUUCUGAGUGUGGUAAAAAAUUUGGGCGAAAGGGGAAUCUGAUGACACACAUGAGAAUUCAUAUGGAAGAGAAAACAUUUGGUUGUUCAGAGUGUGGCAGAAGAUUUACACAAAAGAGCAAUGUUAUUUCACACAUGAGAAUUCAUAUGGGACUGAAACGAUUUGGCUGUUCUGACUGUGGUAAAAUAUUUCAACAUAAGAACAGUCUGAUAACACACAAGAGAAUUCAUAUGGGACAGAAACCAUUUGUUUGUUCUGAUUGUGGUAAAAUAUUUCAACAUAAGAACAGUCUGAUCACACACACAAAAAUUCACAUGGGAGAAAUUAUUGAUAGACAAUGCUAUCCUGGAGGACUGCAAAAGAAGGAGGAGAAACCUCAGCAUGGCUUGGAUUGACUAUAAAAAGGCAUUUGAUAAAAUCCCACAUUCAUGGAUUAUGAGAUGCCUAGAACUUUAUAACAUCAAUAAGGAAGUAAGAUCUCUCUUGAAAACACAAAUGAAUAAGUGGAACACCACCAUCACUCUAAACCAUGCAGAGGGGCAGAUAAUAAUCCCAGACAUAAAAGUGACGCGAGGGAUAUUCCAGGGAGAUAGUCUCUCUCCACUCCUUUUUUGUCUUAGUAUUGAUCCAUUAAGCAAGAUCCUCAAGGAAUUGGACAUUGGGUAUGACUUAGAUGGAGGUAGAGGAAGAAAACAUAAACAGGUGGUGAGUCACCUUCUGUUUAUGGACGACUUGAAAAUAUUUGCAGAUUCAGAGAGGGGACUCAGGAGAUUAGUGGAGGCAGUCCAUACUUUUUCUAAGGAAAUCGGUAUGGAAUUUGGGCUGGAUAAGUGCUCUAAAUGUACAAUCAGAGGUGGUAAAAAGCAGGUCACAGAAAAUAUACAGUUGGAUGAGGGGAACGUUAUUGAAGAUUUGGCUGAGGAUUCCACGUACAAAUAUCUGGGAAUUGAAGAAAAUACUACAAUAGAGCAUAAAAA